AUGGCAACUCCUGACAAAAUCGUCGGGCCCUUCACGCAAUGGAAUCCCGACAUCCAGCGGUCGGACACCAUCAAGUUGGAUGACUUGGAAAUAACCGUCAAUCGCUUCACUCCCGUUACUGAUGACUCCUCCCUCAAUGAUAUGCCUCCAUCAAUUGGCUUGUUCCCGCUGUUCACUGCCAGCGAUCACCCAGUAAAGGUCGCCCAGAGAGGUGACCGUGUCAUUACCAUGUCUCAGCGCGAGGCCAUGUCUGUCACCUUCUCCUCUCAAAAGGAGUACACCAUCAAGAUCUACUCGGGCAGCGUCAACGACAUCUCAGGAGAACUGGCCGUUGAGGCUACGGAACCCCCCCUUCAUCGCCUGAACCUCAUUCAAGGUGGGAGUUUUACUCAGAGCUACACCCUGGUACCCCCGCUGAACUCUGUAUCUCAGGCCACUGGUCAUGAUACCGUGGGGAUGCUGCACUUUGAGAUCUCUCGCCUGGACCGUUCUCCGACGGAAAGUUAUGAAAGUCACUUCCAAGGCCCGAGAUUCGCAAUCAAAUUGCAUGGUUUGUAUUCCAACAUGUUCUUCUCGAUUCAUGACGGCACCCCGGUCAGCGAUCUCAUAUUCACGCUUCGAAGCGUUGGUUGCAAGUACCGUGACACUCGGAACCUUUCCUACCGGAUCCUCCAUAACGGCAAAGCCUUCGGACGUAGUGACACAUCCCUCCAGCAUCCCUUGAAAUCGUAA